GAAGGAUAGAAGAACUGUUUCAGUGUUGGCAGGUACGGGGGUACGGCUAUGAGGUGUUACUGAUUUUUGUUUAAACUUGCAGCUAAUGCUCGAUCUUCCAAUCAGGUCUGUGGCGAUUUUUAGUGUGAGACCAUGCCAAAAUUCUUUAAAUUAAUUGUAGUUUUUAUUAUUAUUGAAAGUGUAUGUGCUUGGGAUUCAGACGAUCUUGAAAUUUUUGAUUUAGUCGAAGAGGUCGGACAGAGUUUCUAUGAAGUUCUAGAAAUUCCAGAAAAUGCCGAUGGAUCAGUUAUCAAGAGAGCAUAUAGGAAACUCUCUCUUGCAUUACAUCCUGACAAAAAUGAUGCUCCAGAUGCCAACGUCAAGUUUAGACAGCUCGUUGCGAUAUAUGACAUCCUUCGAGACUCCACCAAAAGAGCCAAAUACGAUGAUGUCCUCCUCAAUGGUCUUCCCGACUGGAAAGAGGCUGUGUAUUAUUAUAGGAAGGUUCGAAAGAUGGGGCUGAUAGAAAUGUCCAUUAUACUUUUUAUCAUCAUCACAAUCGGCCAAUACUUAGUCGCUUGGGCAGCUUACUUCGAGAAGAAAUAUGCCAUUGAAGAAUUUGUUAAUCUCAAAAGUAAGAAAUUACAAAAAAAGCAGAAGAAGGGUAAAGCAGUGGAUAUGGAGACUGUUCAAAUACUUCCAGAAUUAGUUUCGACGCUGCCAAAGCCCACGGUUUCUUGUACGUUACCAGUUCAGAUAUGCAAGUUGUGCUGGUUCCUUAUCAUGGAUUUCCCACCACUCACUUACCACUGGAUACUGAGAGUCAUCGAAGAGAGGAGAAAUGCAAAGGAACAGGUUGUGGAGGAGGAAUCUUCCGAAGAAGAAGUUAUGCCUGUGAGGGAGAGGGGGCCGAGGCGAAGGAAAGCCUUCACUGCUCCAGAACUUAAGGACAGCGAUAAAAAACCUGUGCAAGAUACUAACGUCAAAACUGACGCUAACAAGACCCAGGAAUCCGUUAAGAUCAUAAGCGGUGGGUUGUGGACAGAUGACGAUUUCGCUGAUCUUAUCAGGCUUAUGAAGAAAUAUCCACCGGGCACUCAGGAAAGGUGGGAAAAAAUUGGACUUUCAAUGAGGAGGCCUACGCACGAGGUGGCCCACAUGGCUCACAAAAUGAAGGAUGAAGGCUUCAAACCUAUCGCCAAACAGGAAGAAGAGAGCAAAGAUAUUGCAGGAGAGGAGCCAAAGAAGACCAAGACAAAGGGGGGUAAGGCGGGCAACAUGGAGGAGAUCCCGGAGACUCCAUGGAGCCAGGCUCAACAGAAGGCCUUCGAGCAAGCUUUGGCCUCUUAUCCGAAGGGAACAGUCGGUGAUCGAUGGGAAAAAAUUUCUAAAUGCGUUCCAGGCAAGACCAAGGAGGAGUGUAUGCUGAGGUAUAAGAACAUAGUAGAUCUAAUAAAGAAGAAAAAGGAUAAACCAGAUAGCAAUGAUAAUAAAUUGUCUGAGAUUUAGACAAAAGAAACCGUUAUUUGUUUUAAAAUUGUAAAAUCGUAUAUGUAAUAUUGGAUCGAAUUCGAUUAUGUUGCUGUAGCGAAUGAUCUUGUAAAUAAAUACAAUAAUUGCCAGAAGGGUCGGGUCGCAUUUUAAGAUAAAUUACAGGAAUUAUUGACUUAUUGUAAAUAAUAAAAAUAAUUCCUUUGAGUAUUGUGUAAAGUAUAUUGUCAUUAUUGUUGUUCCAGAUAUAUAUAUAUUUAUUGUCUUAUGUCUAAUUUUUGUAUUUUUUUUUUUUUUUUCUUUCUCUUCAAAAAGUUGAAGAGCUGACAGUCCAAAGAAUUUCCUAUUUAUUGUAUAUCAUAUGAAGGGAAUUUAUCAAGAAAACAAUAAAAACUAUUUUAUCUUUA